AUGAAUCCCAACCCAGUCACCUCUGAAUGGACCGAUGACCCCGAGGAAUUGGAUUUGGACUCGGAGUACUGGAGCGAUCCCGAAAGUCCCGCUCGAACCAUGGCCGCUGCGUAUGGCCUGGCAAAUCCAACGCCGAUUCUAUGCAGCACCCGACAGUCAGGCAACUGCAUGUACCUUAUCGAGUCCCAGAGCAAGUACUACCUCUGGAACCAGAUCGAAUCUGACGUCUGGCAUAUUGAGAGUCCUACUAUUAAGAAUGAGAUCCUGCGGACGAUUGGGACCCAAGGUGUGUCUGGUCUUCAGGUGAAGCGUCUCAAUCGCGUCACCAGGGCCUGA